AUGAAUAACGGCAGUGCUCCGGACACAAUCACUGGUGGCAAAACACUCGAACUUACCAGUUAUGACCGAGUGUAUGGUCUUGCCUUCUUAAGUCAUUUUAUUUAUGCAUUAUAUUUUGAACUUAUUUCUGGGCCAAAGCCUUCGUCUGAAUUUGCCAUGUUUCAGCAUCGACGGCCACAUAAAGCUGUCACGGAUUCAACGGAAAUACGAAUUAGUACUCGAAUGCUUUCCUCGGAACUCUGCUGUCCGAUAUGUCUGGAUUUAUUGACAACAACGAUGACCACAAAGGAAUGCCUGCAUCGUUUUUGCAGCGAAUGUAUCACCACAGCGCUAUUACGAGGUAACAAGGAAUGUCCAACAUGCCGGAAGAAAUUGGUGUCGAAGCGCUCUUUACGGCCGGAUCCCAAUUUUGACGCCUUGAUCAACAAGAUUUGGCCGGAUCGACAGAUUUAUGAACAGAUGCAGCAGAAAGCAAUGGAAAUGUUCCACCAGCAGAGCAACGUGGAAGCACUGCAGAAAAGUAUCGAAGCAGGCAUGAAAGCGCAAGCAGCAAAUCGACGCCAACGUGUCCAGGGCUCCUACGACUACGAAAAAAGAAAACGGCGUCUUCGAAGUGAAAUUCACUACCUUUCCUAUAAUAAUUCGCCGGAGAGCAAUUCGCCAGAAGGCAGCGCCGAAGGCGACGAAACUGAUUUGCACGCAAGGCAUGAGGACACUCUUUCUGCAGCGAACACAUCAAGCGCUUGGCCCACUGCCACUCGUCUUAUCGAAAGAAAACGGCGUCUUCGAAGCGAAAUUCAUUAUCUUUCCUACAAUAAUUCGCCGGAGAGCAAUUCGCCAGAAGGCAGCGCCGAAGGCGACGAAACUGAUUUGCACGCAAGGCAUGAGGACACUCUUUCUGCAGCAAACACUUCAAGCGCUUGGCCCACUGCCACUCGUCUUAUCGAUUCCGAUUCCCUUUCUUCCACCACGGAUACUUCUCUCACUACGGAUAGCUCUGACUUGUCGAGCAGUGCUUCAGUUUCUAUGGAGCCGAGUUCAGUUACGCAUACUGAUGGGCGGCUUCUUGUGCCGCCACUGAAUGUUUGUACGCUGAAAGAUCGCAUGCAUAAAUGGCUUGCCGAAAAUCCAUCAUCUCCGUUAACUCCGGAUGAAGGCAUGGGAGAACAGCUGGAAAGACGA